UGUAAUUAUAUUUCUGAAGAGGAGCAUGUCGGGCUACAGCUAAGGCUCUAUGUUGACGCAGAGUCUAUGACGUAGCUACUGCGUCAUUCAACCCAGAAGUAUAAAUUCCGCCUAAGUUAGCUGGCAGUGUUUGUGUUGUAGCUGCUGGUGCUAAACUUGUCUACUCCUCAGAAAGGCUGCUAUGAAGGAGGAGUUUUGUGUCUGCUUCGAGCAGGCCAGACAUAGCGUACACGUGCUAAUUUUGGUGGAAAAGGGGUAUGUGUAAGAAAAAAAAGGCAAAAAAAAAUCUUCUUAACAUUAAGAAAUUGAUGUAGAUCAUCAACCUAUUAGUUACAUUUAUCUUUGUUGAACCGAGUUUACAAGCUUCAUAAUUUACAUUAUCAUCUGCAUACAUCUCCACACCCUGCGCAGCGCUGAGCUUGACAACAAGAUAAUAAAGCCACGUGUCAAAUGGGAGGUUAAAAAUUAACAGGUCAUCAUAAAACAACAUAAAAGCAGCCCGAGGGAUGGCAUUAGUCAGAGUGUAAGUGAAUGAAAGCUGCUGAAUCAACUUGGACGAUGAAUUCCACCAUUUUGUGGUUUGUUUUGUUGUUUUGUGGCUUGACUUUGGCCCAGGAUGAUGUUAAAACUACUGAAAUAGAAAAACCUGGUAAAGCAGCAUCAUGUCAUCCUGACAUGUGUGAUCUCUUGAUAGAGUUUGGUGCUAUGACAGAAAAACUCAGAGCUGUAGAAGCUAGGCUGAGGGACAGCGAAACCAGGCUGAAAGACAGCGAAACCAGGCUGCAGAACAGCGAAACCAGGUUGAAGGACAACGAAACCAGAUUGACAGCCAGUGAAACCAGGCUGCAGAACAGCGAAACCAGGUUGAAGGACAACGAAAACCAAAUUCGGGAACUGAAAAACAAAGAAAGAACCAAGGUGAUAUUCAGUGCAGCAACAGGAGGAGGAGACAGAAUCAUUGGACCCUUCAACACAGACACAACUUUAAUCUACAGAACAGUGAUAACAAACAUUGGUAAUGCCUACAGUCCAUACACAGGUAUCUUCACUGCACCUGUUGCAGGUGUUUAUUAUUUUACCAUCUUCUAUCAUGCUAAUGGACACCGUCCGGGGAUGCUGUUACUGUACAAGAACAAUCAAGUGAUGGUCAUGACAGACGAUCACCAGUGUGGCUACGACACAGCUGAUAAUGGUGGAAACGCAGCGUUCCUGCAGCUGCAGUCAGGAGACCAGGUGUACGUGCUCAUGCGCGCAAAUACACAUGUUUAUGGGUCCGACGUCCAUACAACUUUUAGUGGCUCUUUGGUCACUCAGAUGUGAGAACUGUUGUAUAUAUCCGUUCAUUCUGAGAUCACAACAUAAAUACAUCUAUUAUUGUUGUAUUUUAAAAUCUGAUGAAACAGAGGGCCGUUGAUCAUAGAAUAUAAAGUCUGAGAAUUACAUAAGUCUUCUUUACUUGUUGCUUCAUUCAGUUCUGUACAAUUGCAACUGCAAAAUUGCCUGUUUGGAAAGUAAAAAAACAAAAAACAAAGACGAUACUACUGCCUCCAACAUAUUGUUCUGUUGUAGGUGUUCAGACUGCUUGUGUUUAGUCUGCUUACGUCUGUUUGUGUGGACUGUGUCAGUUUUAUCACCAUGUUUUCGUUGUUUUAUGUUUUUAUGAUAUAAUUGAUUGUUACCAUGGAGAUAAUA